GACGGGAACAGGUGGGCGGUGAACAGUGUCCAAGUCCAGGUGUCGUCAUGACCGGAAAGAACCUGAAAUCAUAAGUAGAAAAGAAAAGAUGAUAGCUCCAUCGAGGGAGCCGAAUGGAGUUUGCGAAGUCCAAGUGGGUAUCGACGGUGGCGAGCAUAUGGAUUCAGUGCACCAGCGGAUCACUCUACACUUUCUCCAUCUACUCCCAAACCCUCAAGUCAACGCAGCACUACGAUCAGUCAACGCUCGACAUCGUCUCCGUCUCAAAGGACAUCGGAGCCAACGUGGGCGUCGUCUCUGGGCUGCUCUACGAUUUCCUUGCGCGCCGCACAACCGCCACUGGGCCCUGGCUCGUCCACUUCUUGGGCUCGGCCCAAUGCUUCCUCGGCUACUUCCUCAUGUGGGCCGCCGUCUCCGCCCUCCUUCCGCCGCUGCCCGUGCCUUUCAUGUGCCUCUUCAUGUUUCUGGCGGCCCAUGCUCAGAGCUACUUCAACACUUCCAACGUUGUCACUGGCGUCCACAAUUUCCCUAACUAUAGCGGAACCAUCGUCGGCAUUAUGAAGGGAUUUCUUGGUCUCAGUGGAGCAAUAUUAAUUCAAGUGUACCAAACAAUAUUCAACAACAAGCCUAAGUCAUAUCUUCUGAUGCUAGCACUCUUACCACCUAUCAAUACUUUGCUGCUUAUGUGGUUUGUAAGAAUCCACAACACUCAUGAGAGGGAGGAAAGGAAGUAUCUGAACAUAUUUUCUUUGAUGGCUCUGGUUGUUGCUGCAUACCUUAUGGUUGUUAUAAUCCUAGAAAACAUCCUUAGUCUGCAAUCAUUGGUGCACAUCUUUAUAUUUGUUGUGCUUAUGAUGUUACUAGCCUCACUUUCUUGCAUUGCAUUUGUAGCACAUGAAAAGAGCUCUUCUAGAAAUUCAGAAAGUUUUAUGGAUGAGGGGUCACGACUAAUUGUGGAGCCAAGCCCCCUGCAUACCACUGAAAAGGUGGAUGCAAGGCAAGAUUCUUUGAACAACCAAAGGAAUAAUUUGCAACUAGGAGAAAACCUGAAUCUUUUACAAGCAAUGCAAACUGUGAACUUUUGGAUCAUGUUUAUUUCUACUGCAUGUGGUAUGGGAUCAGGACUUGCAACUGUUAACAACUUGGGUCAAAUAGGGGAAUCCCUUGGUUAUACCAGCCAUGAGACAGGUUCCUUGGUUUCUUUAUGGAGCAUUUGGAAUUUUCUGGGCCGCUUUGGAGCUGGUUAUGUGUCGGAUUAUUAUUUGCACACAAGAAGAUGGGCAAGACCUUUAUUUAUGGUCAUCACUUUAAUGAUCAUGAGCAUUGGCCAUGUGGUGAUUGCUUCUGGACUACCUGGUGCCCUAUAUGCAGGUUCCAUAUUGGUGGGUAUUUGUUAUGGCUCUCAAUGGUCCCUAAUGCCCACAAUCACGUCUGAGAUAUUUGGUGUGGGAAAUAUGGGAAGCAUCUUCAACACCAUUUCCAUAGCAAGUCCAGUGGGAUCUUAUAUAUUCUCUGUAAAAGUAGUUGGAUAUAUAUAUGACAAAGAAGCAUCUGAAGGAAACACAUGCAUUGGAGCUCAUUGUUUUAUGUUUUCAUUUCUCAUAAUGGCAUCUGCCACUAUUCUGGGUUCUCUGACAGCUUUAGGUUUGUUUUUGCGGACAAAAAACUUCUAUAGCCAGGUUAUAGUCAGAAGAAUUCAACUUAUUCAGUGAAGUAAAGAGAUCAGGUUAUAAUAAACUGUAAAGGAAUAAUGAAUUUGUCAGUGUACAGUGAUUUAGAAGUGAUGUCUGUGCUUUUCUUUAGCUUUUGUGUGUGUGUGUGUGUCUGGACAUGUCUAUAAUUCACUCUUUUAUUCUUGUGAUGUGACACACUACAAUUUGUUGGAAAUUGAUGUGGAUUAUUUUUCACUGA